UUUAUAAAAAAACUAGUAUAUAUUAAAGACAUAGAAUCUUGCUUGGGUUUUAUCUGCCAUUGGGCAAUAAGCACCGAGAAGCUUUUUCUUUUCUUUUGACCGAUAUCAAAAGCACCCAUCGGGAAAAAGGUUGUUCCAUUUCUUCAAGACGCCGCAUUAGUUGAGCAUAUGAUGUGCUAGGGCUUACCAUCCCCUCUUGCCCCCAAUUUGCCCCUCUCGGUGCUGCUUGCGCGCUUUCUCGAUAACCACUUGUAUACAGCAUAAGCGAUCAUGGAGUCCUCGAUGCAAAAUUCGAAUCCGACUAUUUUGAAUGCUGCAGAUCUUCCCACCCGUCUGCGUCCUUCAUCAUGCAAAGCGGGCACUUACGGAGGCGGAAUCCUUGCGUCAGCGCUCCCCUCUCUAGCGGAUCCCACCAACUUCAGUCUUAGUGAAUCGGAAGAGUCUGAUGAAGAUGUUGAUUUGAUGGAAGAGCCGAUUGAUGAACAGGAGAUCUUCGAUCUUGUGUCGACCAUAUCCGACCCCGAGCAUCCCAUUUCACUUGGAGCUUUGGCAGUCGUUUCGCUGCCUGACAUUUCUAUCAAACCAACCUUGCCGGAUGUACCGAGCUCGCUUCUUCGGACAGUAUCCGUUCUCAUAACCCCGACGAUAACACAUUGCAGUCUGGCCACAGUUAUAGGUCUUGGUGUACGAGUUCGAUUGGAGCAAUCAUUACCUCCGCGUUUUCGCGUGGAUGUCCGGAUCAAGGAAGGGACACAUAGUACUGCCGAUGAAGUGAAUAAGCAGUUGGCCGACAAAGAAAGGGUGGCUGCUGCACUGGAAAAUGGUACGCUAAUGGGCGUCAUCGCAAAGAUGCUCGAAACAUGCCAAUAA